AUGCCCUCACCGAGGACGAUAACCAUCGUGGCGCUCUCCUUCGCCCUCGGCUUGUUCUUCGUCUUCAUGGGGACCAUUAAGCUGACACCGAGGCUCAGCAAAGACGCGUACAGCGAGAUGAAACGGGCGUACAAGAGCUACGCCAAAGCUUUGCCGGGCCUGAAAAAGAUUGGGAUCACCUCCGUGCUGCUCCGCAAGAUCAUCGGCUCCCUGGAGGUGGCCUGCGGCGUGGUCCUCACCCUAGUGCCCGGCCGACCAAAGGACGUGGCCAACUUUGUACUCCUGCUGGUCAUGCUGGCUGUGUUGUUCUUCCACCAGCUUGUAGGGGACCCGCUCAAGCGCUACGCCCACGCGCUGGUCUUCGGCAUCCUGCUCACCUGUCGGCUGCUCAUCGCCCGACAGGGCGACGAGCGACCGGAGAGAGAGGAGAGUAGGGAAGAGCAGCAGCCUCUUCAUCAGCAACACGUCAACGACCAAGAAAAGAAUAAGGUCAAGCAGUCUUAG